UCAUUCAUUUUAUCAUGUUCUUCGCACAAAUACGGAAUAUAGAGCAGAUUAGUGGCUUGUGAAGACAGUCGGAUUCCCCACGCACAGGGCUUUAGUCACGCAGGGGGCGUGAACUGUGAGUCCAUGCGUUACAUAAAAGGUGCUAAACUGGACUGAGCCAUGUCCACGCAGCUGUAAGGAGCUCCCGCAGAACCGAGCAGAACCGAGCAGGAGUUACACACGGAGCCUUAUUCACCACAAGCUUUAGCUGCACAGAAACAUGGCGGCUUCCCUGCUGAGGAUAGGACGACUGGGUUAUUGUGUCAAGUGUUUGCAGGCUGAGAGCUGGGUUUCUCUGAGCAGAACGUCUACAGCCGCCACCUUCAGCUCCAAAUCUGGGGGAUCCAAGAAGUCCACAAAGAAGAACACGCCAGAACAAACCCAGCCUAAAACGUACUUCGAUAUAGAGAAACUUGUCCAGCACAAGACACUUGAACCUCCCACAAAAGUUUCUUCAGCUGUCGCUGCUGCAGCAGCUGAAGCUGCAGCAAAGCCAGCCUCAGAACCCACACCCUCUGCUUCAGCUGAACCUGUGGUAGAAGCUGCAACACCCGUGGUAGAGGCCACACCUGCUGCUGAGGCCAUCCCUGAAGCAACUCCGGCAGCUGAAGCACCUCCUGUUGUUGAAGCUGUGCCAGAACCAGCUGCGCCGCCUGCUGAAGCUGCACCGGCAGCUGAAGCUGCUGCAGAAGCCACACCAGUGGUUGAAGCUGCAACUGAAGCUGUUGUAGAAGCUGUUGCAGAAGCUGCGCCGGUAGUUGAAGCUGCAGCUGAAGCCGUUGUAGAAGCUGUUGCGGAAGCUGCGCCAGUAGUUGAAGCUGCCACUGAAGCCGUUGUUGAAGCUGUUGCGGAAGCUGCACCGGUAGUUGAAGCUGCCGCUGAAGCUGUUGUUGAAGCUGCACCAGUGGCCGAAACUGUGGCUGUAGCUGAAGCUGUUGUCGAAGCUGUUGCAGAAGCUGCACCAGUAGUUGAAGCUGCAGCUGAAGCUGUUGUAGAAGCUAUUGUAGAAGCUGCACCAGAACCACCUGCUGAGGUGACACCUGAAGCUGCACCUGCUGUUGAAGCUGCUGCUGAGCCUGUAGCUGAAGCUGCCCCUGUUGAAGCUGCUGCUGAGCCUGUGGUUGAAGCAGCCCCUGUAGAAGCUGAAGCGGCCCCUGUUGAAGCUGAAGCUGCCCCUGUUGAAGCUGCUGCUGAGCCUGUGGUUGAAGCGGCCCCUGUAGAAGCUGAAGCGGCCCCUGUUGAAGCUGAAGCUGCCCCUGUUGAAGCUGCUGCUGAGCCUGUGGUUGAAGCGGCCCCUGUUGAAGCUGAAGCGGCCCCUGUUGAAGCUGAAGCGGCCCCUGUUGAAGCUGAAGCGGCUCCUGUUGAAACUGCAGCUGAAGUUGCCCCCCCUGCAGAGGAGCUGGUGGAUCCUGCUCCAGUCGUGGCUGAAGCUGCAGGAGAGGAGCUUCAGAUGGACGCCCCGGUGGAGUCUCCUGAGGGACAAAUGGACCCCAUUCAGAAGCUUUUCUUAGACUCCAUACGUGAAUACUCCUCAAAAAGCCAGGCGACCGGUGCUCUGGUGGAUGCCGGUCCAGAGUAUCAGAAGGCUUUGGCCGAGGAGAUCGCCAAACUACAGAGACUGUACGGAGGAGGAGACCUGGCAUCGUUCCCAGAGUUCACAUUCACAGAGCCCAAGUUCGACGAGGUUUCCCAGAAGUGAACGUCAGCACUUUGACCUUUUCUACCGUCGCCUCAUCCUUGUACAUCUUUGCUUCCUUGUCUGCUUCCAGUUGCCGCUAUGACCUUUGACCUCUGACCUCUAGAGCUUUUCUUUUAGCUGUAAAUGACACUGAGCUGAAGCUUAGUUAGAUGUAGGUUUUUUGGCGUCUAGAGCUGUGAAAUAAGCUGAAUAUGGAGAAACUGAAUAAAGUCAAGGUCGAAUAUAUCCAUCA